AUGCCAUCACGCGAUUACACCGAGGCGCUGGAGAAGCUGUCACAGCUUCAGAGCAAUCGAACGACGACGGCCCUCUUCGACAAGCGAAAGACGGCGCAGGAGCUGAACAGCGCUGCGAUGUCGGAGAUGGUCCUUUGGCUGCGUCGGGCCGGCUAUGAGCGACACCAUCUCCAAGCUCUGCGACACAUCCACGUGGCCGGCACCAAGGGCAAGGGAUCCGUCUGUGCGUACGCAACGGCAAUGCUCAAAGAGUAUGGCAACGUCGGCACCUACACCAGCCCUCAUCUCGUGAGUCCGAGGGAGCGCAUCGCCAUCAACGGCGAGCCCAUUCGCCAGGACCUGUUCGCCGAGGCCUUCUUCGAGCUUUGGGACCGCUUCGGCGAGGCAGCUCGUCGGGAGGGCAGGACGGCUGCCGAGGCCGACGGCCCGGAAUCGAAACCUUUCUUCUUCCGCUUCCUCACCAUACUCGCCUGGCACAUCUUUCUCAAGCUCGACGUCAGGAGCGUCGUGCUCGAGUGCGGCAUCGGCGCCGAAUACGACGCCACCAACGUGCUCCCGCCCGAAGCAGUCUCCGCCGCCGUCAUCUCGCAGCUCGGAGUUGAUCACGUCGCCAUGCUCGGAGACACGGUGGAGAAGAUUGCCUGGCACAAGGCCGGCGUUCUCAAGGCCGGAAUCAAGACCUUUACGAGACGGCUCGACAGCCAGCCGGCCGUCAUGGAGGUGCUGAGGACGAGGGCGGCCGAGAAGGAAGCCAUCCUGGUCGAGGUGGACGAUGCCGUCGUCGAAGAAUGGGGCGGCGUCGAGGGCCUUCUCAGGGGCGACUUUCAAAAGUUCAACCAGGCGCUGGCCGUCAUGGCGGUGUGCGAGCAUCUAGGCCAGGGCACGAGUCCGUCGGCCGCAUUGCGGGACAUGCCGCCGGAGAUGAUGACAGGAUUGCGACGGGCGCGCCUGAGGGGCCGCUGCGAGAUGAUCGAGCAGGACGACGUCACCUGGCUCCUGGACGGCGCACAUACUCGAGAAAGCUUGGAAGAAGUGGCCCGCUGGCUCAACCAGUCCAUCCAGCCGGGCGAGGACAUCGUCUUGGUCUUCAAUCAGCAAGAACGGGACGCCGCCGAGCUCCUCGCCGGGCUCGUCAACGCCGUCGUGCUGGGGUCCGGUCGAGAGGACGUCGUCUCCCAUGCCUUAUUCCCACGCAACGACCAGAAGGGAUCUACAGAGGCCGUCGACAUGUGCGUCCAGGACCGGAGUGCGAAGUUGAUGGGCGCGCUGAUGCCCGGCUGCGAGACGCGCACGUUCAGCAACGUCGACGACGCCGUCGCUGCCGCGAGGAUCAUCUCUCGCCAACGUACCAGCGGCCCGAAGCCAAAAGUUCUCGUGACGGGGAGUCUGCAUCUCGUGGGGGGCAUAUUGCGGGUGUUGGAACCCGAUGCUCCAUCAUAG